CUUGGUCAGAAACAGGCGUCCGGUGGAGCUCACGGUUAGCCGGACCGCUAGCUGGACCCCCCCGGCCCAUGCGGGAGCUGCUCAUCACUACGGGGGCAGACUCGUUCGUGCUGUCUCGCGGAAGUGAGACCCGUGUUUGUGAGCCGUCGCCGGCCCAAGGUGACUCCCCGGCCGCUCUGAGUCGGGCACCAAACUCCAACCCAGCAGACUGACGGGGGGAGGGACAUGGGCCCAGAAUCCCCCCCCGAAUCUGGCAGCACCCGCAUCCCACGGAGACAUGGACGGCUACUACAGCCUUCUGAAGGCAGGGUCCCAGCUGGAGAACACCCUGCAGCAGGUGACUGUCCCCAUGAGUGUGAACGAAGUGGGUGGAUACAUCGAGAAGCAGGUGGCCUACCUUUCAGGGGGACGUGGGGAAGACUCCAGCGUGAUCAUCACCCUCCCAGAAUGCUCUGCGUUCAGCGACAUUCCCGAAGAGGCUCUGGCUAAAGUGCUGACUUAUCUCACGCUGAUCCCUCGAAGGCGGCAGCCCGGGGUGAAGUUCAUCAUCAUCCUGGAUCGCAGGCUGGACACCUGGAGCGCCAUUAAAACGGCCUUGGCGCGGAUCGCGGCCUCCUUCCCAGGGAAUCUUCACCUUGUUCUGGUGCUUCGACCAACCAGCUUCUUCCAGCGAACCGUCACGGACAUUGGAUUUCGCUUCAGUCAGGAGGACUUCAUGUUGAAGAUGCCGGUGGUGAUGCUGAGUUCCGUUACAGACCUUCUGCAUUACGUCGAUGAGACCCAACUGACUCAAGAAUUUGGUGGCUCGCUGGAGUAUAGCCAUGGGGACUGGCUCGUCUUGCGAAAGGCCAUAGAAAAUUUUGCGGUCACUGUGAAGGAGAUAGCUCAGAUGCUGCAGGCGUUUGGCACGGAGCUGGCUGAGACGGAGCUGCCAGAUGAGGGCAAGUCCAUUGAGCUCCUGCUCAUGUGCCACACGGACAAGUACAGGAAGCUGAAGGGUGAGAUACGUUCAGUGAUAAGGGAGGCGCAUCAUCUGCUGUCCAACCUGGAGGCCUCAGGGUUGCAGGAGGAUCUCCGUAAUCGGUGGGGCUUGAGCCAGGACUGGGACACUGUGCAGAGGCUCCUGGCCCAGCUGCGUGACAUGGAGAUGGUGUUCGAUGGCUUCUUUGACAAACACCACCUGAAGCUACACCAGUACCUGCAGCUGCUGAGAUACGAACAGAGCUUCCAGGAGAAUAGGUAUUCCCUGGACAAGCUGUCUGCGCAGGAGCAGGCUCUGUCCGGCACGGCGGAUACACUGCCCAAGACGGAGGAGCUCAUCAGAGCCCUGGACACUUUGGAGUCUCAAGCACAGGAUGAGAUGAGUCGGAUCCAGGUCACUAUCCUUCAUGGGCACCAGCUGGUUGCCAGUCAUCAUUAUGCUCUGGAGCUCAUUGUCCAGCACUGCAAAGAGCUACGGCACCGCUGUGACAGGCUGAGCGCCGCCCUGCUGACCAAACGGGCAAAGCUCAGCCACACCCGGGACUUACUGCUGGAGCUGGAAGAGGCCCAGAUUGAGAAGGCCCACAAGAAACUGACAUCAGUCCAAGGGCUGAUUGGGACCCGACAGGCCAGCCUGAAGAAGCUGGCCAACAGGCAGACCCGGCCCGUCCAAUUGGUGACACCUCGGCCUGAAAACCCGGGCCGGCCCAAAAGCGCUCUUUUCUCUCCAAAGCAUGGAGUCGACAUAAAGUUCACCUUCGAUCUGUCUCUGCCGGGCAAGCGGACAACGAGAAAAAGCCCCACCUCCAGGAAGAUAGAGGUGAUCCAUGACUACCAGGAGAAUCCCAGCUCCGGAUGCAGCAGUCCGGAGGGAGAGGACGCAUCCGACCUCCUCAGACGUCAGGUGAUGAAGGAGCUGGUGGAGACAGAGAGGAUCUACGUGGAUGAGCUGCUGUCCGUACUGCUGGGCUACAGAGCGGAGAUGGAUAACCCUGCUCUAGCUGACCUCCUGCCCCCUACCCUGCGCAGUAAGAGGGACGUGCUUUUCGGCAACAUGCCUGAGAUCUACAGUUUUCACAGCAGGCUCUUUCUCCAUGACCUCGAGAGGUGUUUGGACUCCCCAGAGGGUGUGGGGGCAUGCUUCCUGGAAAGGAAGCAGCACUUUCAGCUCUAUGAGCGCUACUGUCAGAACAAGCCCUGUUCCGAGUCCCUAUGGAGGCAGUACUCUGACUGUGCCUUCUUCCAGGACUGUCAGAGGAAGCUGGAGCACAAGCUGGCCCUGGAUUCGUACCUAUUGAAGCCAGUGCAGCGACUCACCAAAUACCAGCUGCUACUGAAGGAGCUGCUGAAAUGCAGUAUGGGCUGUGAGUGUGCCCCUGAACUGCAGGGGGCGCUAGCGGCCAUGCUGGAGCUCCUCAAAUCAGUGAACGAUUCCAUGCACCAGGCAGCCAUCACAGGCUAUGAGGGGGAGCUGAGCCAGCUGGGCCGGCUGCUGAUGCAGGGCCCCUUCAGUGUGUGGCCCGGCCGGCGGCGCGGCCCCACCCCCAUGAAAGACCUGACUCGCUUCAAGCCCAUGCAGCGCCACCUCUUCCUCUACGAGCAGGCUCUGCUCUUCUGCAAGCGGCGCGAAGAGCACGGCGAGAGUAGCCAAAGGACCCCCUCUUACAGCUUCAAACACUGCCUCAAGAUGAGUGCAGUCGGCAUCACGGAGAACAUCAAGGGAGACGUGAAGAAAUUUGAGAUCUGGUAUAGCGGCCGGGAGGAGGUUUACGUGCUGCAGGCCCCAUCAGUGGAGAUAAAGAUGACCUGGCUCACAGAGAUCCGCAGAGUCCUCACCAACCAGCAGAAGCUCCUCACAGGCAGUCCCGUUUCAGAGCGGGGCCAGCUCUCCCCUCCCCUGUCCAGCAGCCCCCUGCAGAGGACGUCACCGAGCUCCGAGGAGGCGGAGUCUCGCCAAGCAAGCCCAGUGCCGGUGGAGCUGGCCGGGUCCCCACCUCGGCGGCACCGGCAUCGUCGCAGCUGGCCUGGUGCUUCGAACAGCGCAGACGUCUGCGAAGACCUGGAUGAAUGGAGCGCAGCCAGCAACCUCUCGGUGCUGUCAGACACAGAGGAGGAGGACCAGGGCUUGCUGCUCCCAGGCAGGUACAGGGCCCAGAUGGACUCUCAGAGGAGUGAAAACCAGAGUCUGCUGGUCAAAAGUGGUGACAUCAUUCAGCUGCUGCAGGAAGACAGUGAGGGCUGGUGGCUUGUGAAGAAUUUAAGUCGCAAACUAGCAGGCCACCUUCCAGUGAGUCACGUUCAUGUCAUUCUGGGCCUGGCCAGCAGGGGGCAGUGCAGCAGGCUGACUGACCGAGGAAAUGUCAAGGUCAGAAAGCUGAGCUCCCCCUGAAGGCCCAGCCACGCCCCCCCCGUCACCCAUCUGCUCCACCCACGCUGCCCCGACACGUGCUGCCUAUGAACCCCUGCCAAUACCCUGAUACUUGAUCAUUGGUUGGAAGACCGUGUGGGCGGGACUGUAUUGCUAAGAUAGCCUGGCUGACAGGUUCAGGAAGAACGUUCUGAUGGUCUGAACAGGCGUUUCUGGAAGUAAAAGUGGGAUCUGCUUACAGCAGUGGACCUGAACUGAGGACGGAGGAUUCCCAUCUAUCAUGACAGCUCCUGCUGACGUCUGUAGAUGUGUGGCGCCCAUGCCAGGCCACGCCCUUAAGCAGAAGCUCCCUGCCAUGAAUGUGGGCACCUGCUGCAGUCCCACAUGCGACUCUUACUCUCAAACAGCUCCUAACCACCAUCUAGCUAAAAUUAGGAUUUUGAGGGCUUUUCGUAUCCCGGAUCCUCUGCCUGUCCUAUAACAAGCAACGUGAGCAGGUCACUCAGAAGAGACAUGAAUGCCAAUUUAGUAGAUUUACAAUUAAUUAAAAAUAUUCCAUCUAUUUUUUUAUGUGGAAGAAUGUCAUCAUAUAUACUGAUAUGAACAGAGGUUUUAUAAUGAGAAAGAAUAUCUGUCUGUCUGUCGCUCGCUCUGCCUCACACAUUAUAUUUGUUUACAUCUGUUUACAUUUAUGUUUAUAGCUGUCUGUCACUCUGCUUACAUGUGUGUCAGUGUCUGUGAUUGUCAGUGUCU